CAAAAGGCUCCGAUUGCGACACGGGCGCAGAUCCGGCAGCCCUGGGGACAUCCUGCCGCUCCCAGCAGAGCCAGCCGGGUGUGUGUGUGUGUGUUUGUGUGUGCAGGACCGAGCCCCUCGCAGUGCUCGGACAGCCAUGGGCUCUCCCGGGCUGUUCCUGCUCCUGCUGCUCGGGCUCUCCGCGCUGCUGCCCGCGGAUGCCGCGCCCUGCGGAGCGCAGCGCCCCGACAGCUCCACGGCCUCCAAGCUGCUGGGGACGUGGCUGUACGUGGCAGGGGCUGCCCAGUUCCCCCAGCACCGCCUGGAGAUGCUGCUCAUCGACCGCGCCUUCCUGCGCCUGGAGCCCGGGGCCAGCGAGAACGAGCUGCUCAUCAGCCACUACGUGGCCGUGGGGGAUCAAUGUUUCACCCAUAACCUCACCUACCUGGAGGUCACCGUCGGUAACGCCUCGCUGGUGAAGCACGCCAAGACCCAGCAAACUGAGGGGAUGCUGAUGAACGUGAGCUCUGAAAACCUUUUACUGGUCCAGUACCAAAUGCAGAGGGAAAGGACGUAUUUGGGGCAGUAUCUCUACGCCCGGAACCGGAGCAUCAGCAGCGCCGAGCGCGAGGAGUUUGAGCAGCACGCCGAGUGCCUGGGGCUGAGGCCAGAGCAGAUCGUCUAUGCACCCUGGAAAACGGAGGUGUGUCAAGUGGAAGAAGCUGGAGGCAGCAGCAGCCCACACCCAGAGCCCGUGGCUGCAGUCACAGCAUCACCUGCUCCAGACACUCCCUGGCCUGGGAGUGCAGGGAACUGACCACACAGGGCAAAAAAUUCCUCAAAUCAGAAUUUAGUGCCAAAAUGUUUGAGAGCAGAGGGUUCUGAAGAGGUCAAGAGUGGGGUUUGCAAAAAAAAAUUAAAAAAAAAAAUAAAA